CUUGCACCGACACGACCCAUUGAACAUCAAGAUGGACGACAGCCCUCGAAGGUCGCCCAGAGGCCAGGUGCGCCGCUCUAUAGGGGCACCUGUUCCCCUGUCUUCCUCGUCAGUAUCCAACUCUUCCUCGACGAGGAUCCCAUCUACCAAGCGGAAUUCAAUGGCGCCCUCAUCUUCGACGAACGAGAACAAAGAUAGGCCCCACAAGCUGUCCAGACACAGCAUAGGAGGCGAGAAGCUUCGAAGAGAAGACCUUGACGCGGAAGCGACAAGCCGUCGUCAUGUGCCGGGUCCGCGCAAGUCGUCGAUCCGCUCGGCCCCACCGCAGAAGUUUGAGAGCCCAACCAACCUGGAAAUUCCACCGGUCCCUAUCAAGCGACCAUUGGUCUCCUCUUCUUCGCUGGGAAGCAUCGAAGCGCUGGGGGGUGCUGAGCUGGUUGAAAUGAUGGACCUGGCUGUUGCCACUUCACCUGGAAAAAGCCGGAACCGAACGAGGAAGAGCGCCUCUUCGGCAUUGAGAAACGUCACAACCAAUCUGACCUCCUACGGUUCCAAAGCGGACAGAGACGAGGGACCUCUGGAUGAGCCCACUGAAGUGCGCCGGCAGAGAAGGGUUACCUUCAAUCCCAUUCAGGAAAAGACAGCUUUCGAGCGAGACGAGCCAACGAUGCGUCUGCGACCCAUCGGCGAACCGGAGCCCAUGCCUCCCGCCGAUGAAUCGCUAUCGACAUCGCAAGCUAGCUCAAAUGGAUCAUCCAACAUGGAUAUCGACAGUGACAGCGAUAGCGACUCUGACUCUGACGACUUAGAUUCUGAUUCUGAGUCCGAGGAAGAGGAGGAGGUGGAUCGCGCCCUGUCCACCGAACCAGUUGUGGCACAGGCAGUCACAGUGACGGGCGGGCGAAGAGAGGAUCCUACCGGCGACGCGACGAUGGACAGCGACAUGGACCUGACGUCGGCUUACAUGCGCGACUCGACCAGGCAUUCGAUGCAAUCGGAGGGCGACAGCGAGGAAGACGACGAUGACGGGAGCGUUACGAUGGACUUCACUGUUGCCCGUGGGCGGUCUCUCAAUGAUACCCGUGUGAGGCGCGCUUCGACCCUCCACAAUGAUGACACUAUGGACACGGAGGCCGACGAGGGAGACACGAUGGAGCUUACGGGGACUUUUGGAGGAGUCAGACAUAAGACAAGACGCAGUAGCGUCGGGCUUCUUGGGCAAGGGGAAGGUGAUGAACAGUCAAUGGAGUUCACACAGCCCUUGGGCGAGCUAGAGGAGGAGAGGGAAGACGAGAGCCCUGGAGAUCUCGGAUCCGAAAUUGACGACGACGACGCGAGCUCGAUCGACAUGGAUGUCACGGGCGAUGCGACAGGCAUGGAGAUGACACAACUCCACGGGCGUAUUAUCACUUCGCCGACGAAGCGAGUGGUGACGCAACCUGCCACACUACCGCUUAGCAUGCGGCACCUUUCGUCCUCACCAGACAAGAGACAAGCAACGACGAUUCAUGUACCGCACUCGAGCUCACCGUCAAAGACACCUCGAGCGCAGCUCAAUGUCUCUCCGACUUCACCACAUAAGCACCCUUACCUGUUGCCCCAGACGACGUCCACAGCAUCAAUCAAGAGAGCUUCGAGAGUGUCAGCACCGACAUCUCCGUCUCGAAAGGGGCAUGAGUACUGCAACAAGUCAGUGGAAGAGACACCUCCACAGAAGAUGAUGAGUGAGGCCACGCGCAAGUCCUUAGCGAGGCGGGAAGGCUCCUCUACCCCGACAGCAAAGCACCACGCGAAUUCCUCAUCGGUCACUGAGACCAGCUCGUCUCCCAACAAGCAAGCAAAGAGUCCGACGCGGUUCCGUCAGUCACUGCGAGGAGGUCAUCCUUCGCCGGGUUACGUCCAUUCCCCAGCCCGACGCAUUUCAGUUCCUCGACCUUUGGACCAACCUCCGAUCAAUCCAGGAUUUCCGACACCUCGACCGCUCCGCACGUCGCAUCGAGCCAGCGAGGUCCAUGACAGCUCAAUUGCGCCUGCUCUCGACUCGGAGAGUCUCCCUCAGACAAAGCCCGUUUCGAUGAAAGAUUUCUUUGAGAAGAUCGACGUCGGCUUUCUCGAGCUAGAUCGACCUGUCAAGAAGCCAUUGACAGCUAGGCCAUCGGGCCAAGACCGCGUUGACAAUAGCAGCCGGAUGGUUCAAGCAACAGCGGGCGUUCUGCCUAUGCUUGACUCGCUGCUCGAAGCUUGCGAGGUGAUCAAGCAGACUGUCGACGAUGGCCGAGAUACGGCAGCAGAACAUGAGAAGAGCUUUGUCGCACGACCACCAGCAUACGUCGGAGACUUUCUUGCCAUCACUUCUCCAACAGACAAGGCUAAUGCGAUUGCGUCGUUCAAGGUUCAGAAGUCGGCUGCGAGAGCAAGGGCGAGAAUGUCUUACUACGGCUGGCGAGCAGAUAUCCAAUUCGACGACGGAACCCUGCAGCGGCUGCGAGACGCUCGCGAAGGUCUGCACGAAGAUCUUAAAGUCAUUGACAACGGCAAAGCGCUGGUGGGGCGCGUUCUGCCGAAUUUGAGAGAGCGACAUGCGGAGCUCAAGAGACAGCUGGAACUCGAGAGGAAGCGAAAGGCAGCAAUCGAGGGCGGGGAUCAAACGGCUAUGAUGACGAUGCAUAAUGACAUUGAGGAGGUUGCUGGCUUCCUUCGCGAGUACGAGGCAGAAUACAAGAAUCGAAAGGAAGAGCUUUCUCGGGUCAGGGCGAGACUAGCAGAGCAGCAGGACAAGCAAAGACUUACGCGAGACGCCAUUGACGAGGCACAUGAAGCCGCCGAGGCGAUCCGCGACUGCACAGAGUCCGAAGCGGAGAGGCUCGCCAGAGAAAUCCAACAGCAGGAGAUGCUGCAUGGGUGGAAGCUCAAGAGACUCGACGGUCGUGUUCUCGAUAUGGUCCUUGAAAACCGGGUUGAAGUCCGCUUCGACAUUAGCCCAACCACGGGCUCGUUAAAGACCUUGAGACUACAACCCGCCAAGGGAAGCACUUUCGACAUUUUUGAGGAGUUCACUAGUGAAGCCCUUUCCCGGAAGCUCGUUGCUGAAUCUCGCACCCUUGAUUCAGAGUGGAAAGUCAACGAGGCCAUUCGGAUUGUCACGGUCGCCUGGGUCCGUCGACGCCAAUUGGCCUGGAUGCGAGAUCUCCUCACCUCGCACUUCCCGACCGAUGUCGACAUGCAUGAUGGGCACAUACGCCUCUGUGCGACCGUGCUGAUGCCAAAAGUGAAGUCGAAGGUCUUCAUUAGGGUGCUGUGCGGACUUCAAUCGCUCGUCGAGACGUCGGAGCCGCUUUUUGAUUCGAACAACGUCUGGGUGGACAAGAUUUACGGUCCAGUCGAUACUGAAACUGUGACCAGAUUGAUUCGCGACCGUCUGACGACUUGUGACCUGGCAACGGCCUGCCUCGAGGCUGUGAGCGCCCUGGAUGGCUAAGUGCAGACUUGUAAUUAUGCUGUAGUUUCACACAUUGUAUGCCUAGCGAAUCGUCAAAUAUACCACAGUUGCCUCCUUUAUCU